CCCAUAUCUGGCAACGCUUGCUGGGGAGAAAUUGUUUGAAUGCAAGGCGCCAGAAAAAUUAAUAAGGGACUCAUCAACGCAGAUGUUUUGCUGGGGAGUAUAGACAUCUGCAAAUUUUUGGUUAAGGUGAUUUGCGAGGGGCUGAAUUUUGUGGAGCCGGUCAAAUUCAGGGUUACCCCGAGAAUGACAGAGUGUAUUGUCGCUGAAAUGCAUAAAACGCAUUAUACUCCCAUAUCUAUGCCUAGCCAUGGCAGCAGAGAACACGGGCAUAUGAUGAAUCGGGUCUGCGGACCAAUACAACCCGCAAUUCAUUUCUUUUAGUAAUGCCCAUGUUGAGGGUUAG